CAUGAUUGUAAUCAUCUCGCACAAUCAUUGGUGUCUCCUUAGCCUUGCCGAGCAUAAUUCUAUGGAGGGGAUCGAGAUCACAAAGCAGACAAGAUCUGGGAUCUGCACAAGCACGGUGACAAGCUGGUGUUGCUAUUGAAAUAUAAAUGGUCAACAUGUCCAAUCUUGUGCUCUGUUCUGAUCUUUGUGUACACACCUGCAAUUCACUGACUACAAUCGAAGAAACCUUACUUUGAGUGACAAAAAGGCAGACGACUGCGCUUCAACAUCAUGCCGGGUUAUAUACAAUUUAUCCGUGGGCAAUUUACAGAACCACCAGUGCCCUCCUUCGAUCUGAGCGGGCGUACCAUCAUUGUAACGGGAGCCAAUUCGGGGCUCGGCUUGGAAGCUGCCAAACUCCUGAUCCAGCUCAACUGCAGCACCGUUAUCCUCGCAUGUCGAAGCAUCGCAAAGGGUGAGCAAGCCAAGGAGACCUUGGGCUCAGUGAAGAGCAAGAAUGGACAGAAGCCUAGCAUUGUCGUCAUGGAGCUCGACAUGUGCUCAUUCCCCAGCAUCAUCGCCUUUUCAGAGCGAUGCAAGGACCUACCACGUAUUGACGCAGUCCUCUUGAACGCCGGCAUCGUGCAGAAGGAGUUCAACGUCAUCCAAGGAUACGAGCUGACUUUACUGGUCAACGUCGUCUCGACUUUCUUUCUGGCGGUCUUGCUAACCCCUAUCUUGCAAGAGUCGGCCAGAAAGUACAACAUCACACCCAACAUCGCCAUCACGGGCUCCGCAGUCCAUUUCUGGGCCAAGGAGAAGGAUGUCACAGGGCCACCGGAUGGCAAGAUCUUCAGCACUCUUUCAGCAGACAAACACACCGACAUGAACCUUCGCUACAAUCUCAGCAAGCUUCACGUAAUGCUUCUGGUCAAGUAUCUUGCCCAAGUCUUUGAGACCUUGGCCCAGAAGGAUUCCAUUGGAAAGCCAUUGGUGGUUAUCAAUCAUGCCGCUCCUGGAUUGUGCUGGACGCCAUUCUUCCGGGAACAGGGGGCCGUCGCACGACAGAUUCUCAAACUCGUGGCGAGGUCCGGUGAGCACGGAGCAAGGACCUUGGUCUACGGCGCCGGAGCAGGCAAAGAGACCCACGGCCAGUACUUGAGCGAGUGCCAGAUCAAACCCGCCAGCGACUUUGUCCAAAGUGCCGAGGGGGAUCGGCAGGCGAAGCGACUGUGGAAGGAGUUGAGCGGAGUGUACGAGUCGUUGAAACCAGGGUGUACGGCUGGGCUGCAAGUCUGAUAUAGGACAUUCCUACCUGUGUCACUUGGGCAAAUGGGACCCGGUUUUGAUGUCAAGCGUUCUCUCCUGUCACUUGAGCUAUUUGCGAGUCAAAUUUGUACAGUUAUUGAGUCAAGUAAAAGGGAGGAGGAGAAGGCGAAGCGUGGAAGAAGAUGGAAGAGAUACCCAAGAAUUGCCAGAUUUGAAUAAUUGCUGAGGCAUGAUCACGUGGUUUUGUGGUUAAAGCGGCUCCCAUAAUGGAUUCCCUCGCUGCUUUUAG